GGUUUUACACGCAAUAUUGUUAAUGGGAUUGUGAAAAAUAAACGAUAUUAAUAAAAAAACAUAUGUUUUUAUCUUCAUAAGAGUGUCAAACACUGGUUGACCAAUGAAUAAUUAAUUUAAAAUGCUUGAAUUUUUCAAAUUAUAUUGGACAAAUGAGUUGUACAAUGUACAACGGACAUUCAAAUUCCCAGUAAAGUGAAAAUAACCAAGCAUACGACCGUGUGGAGUGCAUUAAGGUCAUGCGCAGAAUUGAAUGAAGUGUCAUCGAGUGUUGGUUCUUGUUUUGUUUUUGACAACUAAACUUGGCACGAAAACAAACAUUUGAUUGGAGUCGGAAUGUUUGAAUUCCGAAAAAAUAUCAAACUCAAAAGUUUUCCCAUAAUUUCAUUAUUAGUUGUUAUCAGUUACACUGUGAUUAUUUUAGCCGAUAGAAAUGGCGAUGUUAUAUUUCAAUUUCCCGAAUACGAUUACAAGGAGACAAGCAAAAAUGAACUCUCAUAUCGUGAGUUUGAGUCGGCCUGUGACCAGAGCAAACGGUGUGAACCAUUAGCAAGAAUGGCACGACUUCGUUGUGUGCGAGAAUGUAUUUCACCAUCGUGCUAUCAGGAGAUCUAUGAAUUCGAUGAGCUCGAAGAGGGUGAGAUUGAUGUACGAUUGAAUUCGUUCAAGGGCUGCUUCAUCCAGCGCUUGGGACGGUCUCGUAAUAGAUAAAUACCAUCCAAUGAUACAUAUAUUCAUUUUUAAAUGAAUUCUUUGUGCAAAUUA